UCCCCUAAAGACAAGGACAUCACCUUGUUGGGACAAACUACUAUGGUCAGCGGCUGGGGAUGGACUUUCAACUCCACGAAAAAUCAAGACAUUCUUCGGUGGGUUGAGGUGAAGAUUGUCCCCAAUUCUCUUUGCGAAGAGCACUAUGAACCAAAGCGCAUUACUUCAAGUAUCUUGUGUGCCACAAACAAUUCUUCUGGACUUUGCCAUGCAGAUAACGGUGGCGGCCUAUUUCUCCAAACUGAUAGAAGAGACUUGCAGAUUGGUGUGGCCAGCUUUUGCAGCAGCAGUUGCACAGAUGAAACACCUGCUGCUUACACCAAACUGGUCUCCUACAUUGGAUGGAUCAACAGAAUCGCUGAGAUCCAAGAUGAGUGAGAAGCUGG